AUGGCCGACGGAGAGGGAGACGCCGGCCUCCGGCGCCUCGCUCCCGGGGAGGACAGCAUCAGCGCUCUCCCGGACGAGCUGAUCCAGGCGAUCCUCGCCUGCCUCCCGUCCACCGCCGCCGCGGCGCGCACCAGCGCCGUCUCCCGGCGCUUGCGCCGCGUCUGGACCGGCGUCCCGGCGCUCUCCUUCCAAGUGGAGGAACAGAGGCCGCUGCGCGCCUAUUCAUCCACCGCCGACGCCGUCGACGCCGCCCUCGGUGCCUACUCCGCCUCCGCCACGCUGAACCGCCUCACCAUCGACGUGGUCGGCGCAUCGCCGCCCGCGUCCCGCAUCGACCCGUGGCUGCGCUUCGCGUCGCUGCGCCUCGCCGGCGAGCUUCGCCUCUCUAUGGCAGGCGUCCCCUUCAAACAGACGACGCUCCUGAUGUUCAUGCAGCCGAUGAUCCCGAUGGUCAGCCACAUGCAGCAGCUCGAGCUGCCGGCCUGCGAGAGGGCGACGCGCAUCGAUCUCGCCGGGAUCAACUUCGCGCUUAACCUGCCGGCUGCCGGCGCUUUCACGGCGCUGCGCGUCCUGAGGAUCAACGUGGCCCAACUGGUGCGAGGCGACGUCGGCCACCUCGUGUCCACGCAGUGCCCGCGCCUGCGUGAGCUUGAGAUGUGCGACGUGGCCACCGUCACCGCCGGCCUCUCCAUCAGCUCCGCGUCGCUCGAGAGGCUUGUGCUCAGACGUGCCAGCCUCGGGAUGAAAGGACGGAUCGAUGUCGCCGCCCCGAGGCUGUACUACCUGGCUUUGGACAACUGCGGCAACAGGUCUGCCGCAGCCACCAUCACCACCACCAUGCUGGCCGAGCUGAUUUGGAACCAUGCCUACAAACCUAGCCACCAUAGCCUUGAGGGGGCUGAUCGCCAAAUCUACAGGCUGGUAGCCACCUGCGGGUCCAACAGCGCAGCCCUGUUCAAACGGUUUGAUGCCGUCGACGAGCUGUGCCUCCGUUUGUCCAUGCCAUCGAAGGAAGACGAAUACAAGAAGUUCCUCCAAGAUCUGGACAAGCUUCCCAAGACCAGGGUUUUAGAAGUGAAAGGGGUGUCAACAAAGCGACAUUUGGAACCAACUAUGAUGCAUCUCCUAAGGAAGCAUAGCAGGCUAACAAAUAUUAAGGUCGACCUCUUCCAAGCAAACUCGAAGGAAAUAGAGUGCCCACCUGUCUGUAGCUGUAUUCCGCCGGAGAGCUGGACAACUGACGACGUCGUCCUGGAUUCGCUCGAGGAGGUGGAGAUCAGCAGCUUCACCGGAGCUCCGGAGGACAUCGAGCUCCUUAAGCUGUUAUUCAGGUGCAAGAUCAUGAUUAGGAGGCUGACCAUUCACACAAUGUCAGGCAUUUCUUUGAGCUACGAGAUGCAGAAGCAUAUCUGGGGACUCGCACGCCCACACUGCAUCAACCUCGAGUUUGAAACGAGGCAGUUCUGGAGUUAG